GUAUACAAUAAAUUACUGUUAGGGUAAAAAUGUUUUGUGUUGACAAUUUGAACGGCUCUAAGGGAACUUUCUCUAAAUUUAGAAGCCUCCUGACUGUUCAUCAACAGUUAUUAAGAUGCAGAAGGACAGAUUGUCCUUUAAUGAGAAAUAGCCAGGGGUUUGGUCAGUAGUCCCUUUAAACCAACCAAUAGGAUUUUAACUUCAGAGUAGGGCGGGAUUAAAAACCACAACAAAACAAGUGUAAACACCACCGGACAUAAUCCAAGAGAAAACAAGCAAUAUAAGUGUUUUAGAAGGAAAGUCCGCAUUUAUUGAUCACCUUGAAGUCAAGUUCAGGAGAAAAAUAAGGAGCGACAGACAUCCCAUGAUUCUGAUUCUGCUGCCAGUGCUCAUUCAGUCCUCGUCCAGAUCAUCUGCUUGGUCUCUGUUGUUGUUGGUGCGUCACUGAGGGCUUGGUAUCUCGACAAAACCCGGGUCACUCACCUGGGUUCAAAGCAGCUCCGGUCACUGUACAAGAUGAAGUAUCUUUUUACAAACAUCAGAAAUGUUUCCAAACCUCAUAGGUCAUGUCAGAGUAUCUGCUCCUCUCAGUCUACAAGGAGAAUCCCUCUCAAAUCUCAUAGAUCAAAGAAGACUAUCAGAUAUUUUGGAACAAUUAGCAGUAAUAUGAAAUAUGAGAAUGUAUUUGGCCUUCAGAUGUAUCGAUUAUAUUCAAACUCCAGUAGAGAGACUUUCAAAGCAGAAGCUCCCAUUGGAGUUUACCAGCACAACAGGACUACUUUUCAGCUGCGCUUACUUGGACUGAGAUUAGGAGAGUCUUUUAAUCAUCUCUCUAGACACAUAAACUUGUACUUUAAGCAGAAACACGUAUCUGUGGUAGAUCAUGGGCAAGGUGGAAUGAUGUCUGCAGUGCAGGAACCACUAACCAGAACAUCAAGACGAGCUCAACGUGAGAGACACACUGGAGAGUCCAGAGCUUUUAUAGGGACACCUGCCAUUGAGCAGGUCUCUGAAUCAUCCUCACAUCAACCUUUGACCUCAAUCUAUCCUGGACUACAGUUGUUCCACAUCAGUUCCUUGGCAAACAGAUUUGGGGAUGUGGCCAAUCAUAUUAACUCUGUAUUCUCUAGAAAUCCAGAACAGCAAAUUCAUAUGGCGGUAUCACCAGAUGAUGGGCUCAAAAGAUUUAUAAGCAGAAAGCAAAGAGUUAUGGGUAAUAAAAGAUCUCUUUGUAGGGAAACUGCGCAAACUCAGCAAAACAUUAGUAUGUGUACAAGACCAGAGAUUGAUAACAAUGUAUCUAGUUCCUGGGAUGAAGGAUGUCUCCAUUUUGCUCGUCACAUCAACCAAUACUUUGGCGCAAAAGUAGAAGACACUGUUGAGAAAACAGCACAUACUGAGAUCUUGAAGACUUCAGUCUCACUGGACACUCUAAAUAAACCUAAAGAUCCACUUCCUCAGCCCAAAUCCCCAGGCUUGUUCCACAUGAGCAGCCUCACCACACGCUUUGGGGAAAAUUACACUUACAUGGCCAAUCACAUUAACCAGUACUUUAAAGGAUCUGCAGCUUCAGAGAAUGAGGAGGUAGACAGAGAGUUAAACCUUUACAGAGGUUCACCGAAGUACACGGUGAUCUGGGAAAAAACAUCCUUUUUUGAGUGUCUGCUAAAGCCCUCCACUAUACCUGGCUUUGUGGGCAGCUACCUGGGAAUGGGCUCUUCCAGGCAUAGUGACCAGAACACAACUGUAACAAGGACCCCAGAGGAAAUUCGGGAUAAAACAGUUUUAAGGAGGAGAAAGGCAGAUGAGAUGACUAGAGUUCUACUGAAGAGACUUGAAAAGGCUACAGUACUGUCAUCUAUCACUUCCUGUGUGGAGGAGCUAAACGCUCACCUCUUUCAGCACCCAGCAUGCAAGGCUGUGAUGUGGCAGGAAAAAGCAGCACUGCAGCUGCUUAGACGCCGUCGGACCUUUUGGAUGAAUGAAAAACUUCAAGAAGCCAUCAGGGAAACUCUCGCUCUGAUUGGUUAUGUGGAUCCGGUCAGAGGUCGCGGGGUCAGGGUGCUUUCCAUUGAUGGAGGUGGAAUCAAAGGGUUAGUUUCACUACAAGUGCUAAAACAGCUGGAGGCUCAAACAGGAAAACGAGUGUAUCAGCUCUUUGACUACAUAUGUGGAGUCAGCACAGGAGCAGUUCUGGCUUUCAUGUUGGGUCUAGCUCGUAUCUCUUUAGAUGAAUGUGAAGAGAUGUAUCAUCGUUUCGGCUCAGAUGUUUUUCGACAAAACCCCCUGGUUGGUACUGUGAAGAUGGGCUGGACACACUCCUACUACAACACAGAAACAUGGGAGAUGAUCUUAAGGGAAAAGCUGGGGGAAGAGAUUUUAAUUAAAACAGCCAGAGAUGAGCUGAGCCCUAAGGUGUCUGCUGUAAGUGCCGUAGUGAACUGGGGAAAAAGUCCAAAAGCAUUUAUCUUCCGCAACUAUAACCAUGCUCCAGGACGACUGAGCUGCUAUGCUGGAGGAUCAGGAUACCGGCUGUGGCAGGCCGUCCGGGCCUCAUCUGCCGCUCCAGGAUAUUUCCAGGAGUUCCCUCUUCAUGGCGACAUACACCAGGAUGGUGGUCUUAUCCUCAAUAACCCUUGUGCUCUGGCUGUCCAUGAAAGCCGACUGCUGUGGCCCAGCCAGCGCUUCCAGUGUGUGCUGUCACUGGGAACUGGUCGCUAUGAUAAUGCUAGAAGAGGGCCUGCAACCUCCACAAGUCUGAGAGCCAAAAUCAGCAACCUGAUCUGCAGCGCCACCGAUACUGAGGGUGUUCACACUCUAUUGGAUGACCUCUUAUCACCGAAUGUGUAUUUCCGCUUUAACCCGAUGCUGAGCUCAAACGUGACACUGGAUGAAAGCAGGCCUGAAGUGCUUCAUCAGCUGCAGAAAGACACACAGCUGUACCUGGACCGGAACCGACCCAAACUGGAGCGCCUGUGUGAAGUGCUGAUGACAGAACGCUCAGCAAUCUGGAAAACGCGGGACUGGAUCGGUGGGAAAGCGUGGGAGCUGCAGCAGCGCUGGGCUUGAGUGGACUUUACACAGUGCUGAAGAGAAAUCAGUUGAAUGAAUGCCAUUAUGUGGAUGAAAGCUAUAAUACAAGAACAUCAUUAAAUUCUGAAGAUAUGUCCUUACUGGUCUGAUUGUGAAGGGCUGUGUUUUGACAAGUUACAAAUUAUGUUAGAGAAGUUACAAAUCAAAUACACAGCCAUUUUACACUGAACGUGUUGAGCACUUAUAUGCACUUAUAUGUACAUUUUGUGUGAAUGUCAAUAUUUAUAGACUGAUGUAUUUAUUUCUGUUUAAAUUUUUCAGAUUUAUGAAAUGAAAUAAAACUAAGAGCACUACUUCUAUAUAA